AUGACUGAAUAUCAAAGUGAAAUGCUUUCGUGGAACUAUGGGGAUGGAUAUGAAAACGUUGAUAUGGAAAAAAUUAUUCAAGUAUUUCAAGAUUUUGUGGAUAAUAUAACUUUGAAAACAAGUGAGGAAAUGACGAAAUCUGAUGUAGUAUUCCAACAAUUAUUAAACAAGUUUCAACAAGUUCGUGAGAAUGAAGAUAAUCUUCAAGAUCUUAUUCAUGGAACAAUACCAUUAUGUAAUGAAUUUAUUGACACUAUCGAGAAAGUAAAUUUUACUUGUAUGAAUGAUUUUCAAAAUUGUCUCAAAUUAUUUCGUCAUAUUGAAUCUGUUUUUCAAAUAAUUAUUUCGAUGGAAGAUGAAAAGUUUCUCAUACGUGAGAUUUUCUUUGCAUUACUCAACCUACUUUCUAAACCACAAAUUUGUUUCCAUUUAAAUGAUGAUCAACAUACAACAAUACCACACAAAGAAGUUUAUAAAUGCGUAACCAAUCUGCUUUUAAGUUUAGCUUGUCGCAAGAUCACACUUGUUUCAUUUAUAAGUGACGAUAGUACUACACGUAAAUACACUGAUAUACUCAAUGCCAUGUAUAAACGAGUGGAACGCAAUCUACAGCUUAGUACUCACACUAGACAGCCAACAGUUCCUGAUAAUCAAACAACAUUUGUUAUUUUAUCAUUCUUUUGGAAUCUGUCUGAUAGAACAGUUAUUGUUCCAUGGCUUCUUGAUAUUGGUCUAGUCAAAACUAUGCUAGAAUGUUUGCAAAGAAUAGAAAUAUCUUCAGAAACAGCUAAACAAAUCAUCAACAUUAUUCAUAAUAUAUCACGACACGACGAAGGUGCUGAUGAACUGAAUAAAUUCCAUGGUCUUGUGAUUCUUAAAAAUAUUCAAAGCAAUAAUAGCCAAGCAUUAGACGAGUUAAACAAUCUUCUCAUAUCAAUGGCGAUUGCUCUGCUCUCUACACCCAAACAGAUUCACUCAGAUAAUAAACGAAUGAAUAGAAUUCUUAAUCAAUUAUUGCAAAUCACUAUGGAAGCCGCCGAGACGGAAGAUCAUCGAGAUUCAUAUGCCUUCCAUGUAUCUGAACCCUUAGCUGUGUUUACCAAAUUGUUUGUUGAUGAUCGUUCGCUCGAAUAUGUUCUCAGUCAUGCAGAAACUGAUCCACAACUUGAUGUUAUAUCAACAAUUAACUUAUUCAUCGAUUUGUUCAUGAAAUUUCGAGGUGCAUUCGUUGAGAAAAAACAGUUAGAACAGUUUACAUGCACAGCUCUAUUGAACAUUUUAUGGAGUAUCUCAUUUCAAGAUCGAUAUAAAACAAAACUUCAGCAAAAUAAAGGUUUUAUGAAGACUAUUACUAGUUUAGCUAUGGAUAAUGGCGAAAAAAUAGUCGAAGAGUAUGUUUCACGUUCAAUGGAAAGCAUGAUAAAAGCUGCUAACGGUAUUCUUUAUAAUCUUAAUGAAAUAUCCGAUGAUCAAAAUGCUGAUAUCGCAGAUCGACAAUUAAUCUCUAAUGCUAGCUGUGAAAAACCAAUGAUCAUGAUUAGCUAUGCUCAUAGUAACAAUCAUUUUUGUGAUAAAAUUCUUGCCGAACUCAAGGAAAAAGGAAAUCUGUUUGGAAUUUGGAUUGAUCGAAAUUAUUGCUUGUCAAACGAAGAUUUAUGGGAAAAAAUUGCUCUUGGAAUAAAACAAUCAAAUCUUGUUCUAUGUCUUCUUUCACAAGAAUAUUUCAAUAGUAAAUCAUGCCGUAAAGAAGCUAUUUUUGCAAUCAAACGAAAAAAGUCAAUAAUUCCUGUGUAUAUUGGUGAACCAGGUGAUUGUGAUUGGCUUGUUGCUGAGAUGCACGAAUAUGCUUUGAAACUACGUAAAGAUUCGAAAAAAGAAUUUAUCAAAUAUGAACAAAGAUAUGCUAAAAAUCAUGACGGAGAAGAACUUGAAGAAUACAUAUUUAAUCGAUUUAAAAAUGCUAUUCUCAAUCUACCAAAUAGUCCGAAUCAAACAAUGAAAACAUCAAUAUGUUCUUCUCAAAUAUCAACACCGAAAUCGAGUACUUGUACUAUUUCAUGA